GAAAAUUACGCAUUAAUUAAGAAUGCGGUAAAAAAUAACCAAAAUGCCCACACAUUAUAAACUUUUCAGCUCUGACAAUUGAUGUUUACAUUAACUAGCUUAGGUGUCCAAUUUAUUUCUUAUUCUACCAACUCUUCCCCUGGCUGCCACGUGUAUACACACCUAAAAGGAAAUUGCAUGUGACUAACGGUUAUUUUCUUAUUUCCUCUCUCUGAUUUCCUUUCUUUUUAAAAUUCUUCUUGCUUUCUUUUCUCACACGAUCUUCUGUUUGUUUUCCAUCUCCCCACUACUCCAUUACUGCCGGUUAGUUUAAGCAGUUGAUUCUCAGUCGUUUGUCUAUAAAUACCGAUAAUGGUUGCUACUAGAUCUUCUCCGAAACCCAUUUCAAAAGUUCCUGAAAUUCUCACAAAAAUGAAGCGGAAGUUGGUGAAAAAAGGAGAAUUAGUUGCUGAUGGUGGUGAUUCUGGUUUACUACAGACUGAGGCUAUUGGUAAUGUGAAAAAAAAGGAUAAAAUAGGUGAAAAGGAAACUGGCAAGAAAAGGCGUUUGAAUGUCGAUGUUGGUGCUGCAGAUAUGAAGAAUAAAAAAGGAACAAUAACUAUUGAGGAACCUUCUCGUUUAGUUCAGAACUGGGAUUUUGUGUUAGCUGUUGAGGACCGUUAUAGUUGUAGAGUUGCUAUUCCUUUUAGAUACAAAAUUAUCGAAGAUAUUAAGAAAACUUUGUCUCCUCGUCAGUUAGAAUUGUUUUCUGAGACAUUUCUUGGUAAUUUUCUCAAAUUGGAGCCUUUUGUUAUUCAGCCUCAGUUGUUUCAUUCACUUUUUAUGCGUGAAGUUAAGCAUCCAAAUAACAGCGAAAUAUGGUUCAAGGUUUCUGGAUAUAAGCUUCGAUUUAGUAUAGAGGAGUUUGCUCUCAUAACCGGUUUGAAUUGUUCAGGUGAUUGCAAUACGCUUUAUUCUGUUUCAAGCAAUAAGUUAGUUGCAACUUACUUUCCUAAUAGCUCUAUUACUCGAGAGGGUUUAGGUGUUGUGUUUUUGAACACUUGUUUUAAGAGUGAUGAAGAUGCUGUUAAGCUAGCAAUUAUCUAUUUGUUUGAGUGUUUUCUAUGUUCUAGCGAAAUAAAUUCUCAGUUAGUUAGUAGGUUUCUCUUGGAUAUGGUUGAUAGUGGGGAUUUCAAUUCUUUUCCUUGGGGUAUUUUGGUCUAUCGAAACACUGUUGUUGACAUGAAGAAUAGGCUUGUUAGUAAGCAGCCUAUGAUGUACUAUAGGCUCAAUGGUUUUCCAUUAGCACUACAGAUGUGGUUUUAUGAAGUGUGUCCUGUUGCUGCUAACAAGAUUUGUCUACUCAAUGAUAAGGAGCCAUGUAUUCCUAGAAUGCUGAAGUGGCAUAUUCCUUCUAAAGUCACUGUGACUAUUAAGAUGUUAGAAGAAACGUUCUAUCAUAUGUCGCGUGAACAGUUGAAAUUGAAAAACCUUGUUCCUACUGUUGAUGAAAAAGCCAUUCUGAAUAUUGCUGGGUUUUUUCAAACUGGAAAGACAAAAAUUGUUGAAGAUGUCAAAGAUUCAAGUGAUGAUGAGAUCCUUGGUGAUUUUUUGAAAUUUAAGAAAGAAAGAAAGAUAUUUUCUGAAUUGAAGAAGUCUGUAGAUACUCUUGUGCUAAGUGAAUCUGAUACCAAAAAGCAGUUGAAGUCUAUAUUCCAUGCUUUAUAUGUGAUUGGAAAGCAUUUAGGCGUUGAGAAGCAGUUUGAUUUUGUUCCUAAUGCAAAUGAGGAUGUCAUUAAUGAGGAAAAAAAGCUUGACGAUGCAAAUCAGGAUGGCAUUAAUGAGGAAAAGAAGGUUAAUGAUGCAAAUGAGGAUGGCAUUACUGAAGAAAAGGAGCUUGAUGAUGUAGAUGAGGAUAAUGAGGGUAGUGAGGCUAAUGAGGAUUUGCAAAAUGUUGGUGAUCCUGUCACAGAUUUGAAAAAUGACGAUGAUGUGUCGCCCAUUGAAGUUGGUGCUGUUGAUAAGAAUAUUGAGAAAGGGAUUGAGGAGGGGAAGAAAAAUGAUGAUACUAACAACGAAGGUGUUGAGGACGAGGAGAAGAAUGAUGAUGAAGCUGAUGGUGAGGAAUCUGAUGCGGAUGAUUCUGCUGGUGACGAUGAUGGUGGUGACGGUGAUGCGGGUGGCGGUGCUGCUGUUGGCGGUGCUGCUGGUGGCAGUGUUGUAGGUGGUAGUGGUGCUGGUGCAGUUGGCGGUGGCGGUGCUGCUGGUGGCAGUGUUGCAGGUGGUAGUGUUGCUGGUGCAGGUGGCGGUGGCGGUGCUGCUGGUGACGAUGGUAAUCGUGGUGAUGCUAUUUUAAAAAAUGUCGAGACUGCUGAUAAAAAUGAAGGUGUUAAUGAGAUUAUGGAUGUUAAGAAGGUUGUUUUAUUGGCUGAUGAAACCCCUGCAAAUGUUAAAAGAAGCGUGAAGCCAAGUCAUAUUAUGCAAUCUCCAUUUUUAACUGAGUUCACUUCCGGUGACUUUCAAGUAGAAGAAGUUGGAAGUACUUAUGUUGUUUCUAGAAUGUUUCCGUUCAAUAACCACAUCGGAGAUGUUUUUAUGAGUGAGGAACUGGUUGUGUAUGAUAAUUGGGUCAAAUAUGGACUUUUGAGAGUUGCUAAACUGAAAGAAGGAAGAUUUUACAGGGAAUCUACUAAUGAGAUCAUUCCUCCAUUUGAUUUUGGCGUCUCAGUAGUUUCUAAGAAGGAUUUUUUUCAUGUGCUUGAUGUUGGGGGGAUGUCGUUGACAUCGUUGCAUAUGGACAUUUUGUUCUACUAUCUGAGGAAGAAAGCGAAGUAUGAUAGCAGUGUUACAUUGAAGUUUACUACAACCGACAACCAUUUUGAUCAGUGUUUUCAGUCAUUUGCAAAUACGUUUGAAGGCUCCAACUAUGAUGAAGACUUGAUUUAUCCUGAUCAUAUCGUUUCUCAGUAUAUUAAUGGUCGUCAUAUGCUUGCCAAUACACCAUGGAAUCAGUGCGACUUUGUUUUCAUCCCCUUUCAUGUGUCGGCUAAUAAUCAUUGGGCUCUUCUUAUAUUGGACAUGAAGUUAAGGAGGCUGACUAUGUACAACUCUCUACGGACAAUUCUGAGUGCAUCUUCGUGUCGGAAUGUUGCACAUAUUUAUUCAGUUGUUCUGCCGUAUUGCCUCGACAAGCUUAAUGUUUUCAAAACCAAUCCUGCGUGUGACUUGUGUUCACCUUUUUUUACCACUCAAGGCAUGAAUGAUCCUUUUGAUCUGGUUAUAGAAGAGAAGCUGCCAUACCAAAAAUUCAAGUCAGUUUGAUUUGUUAAUUUUAUUAUGUUUUUAAUUCUUUUUUUAGUAGCUGUUUGUUUUUCUGGAUACAUAAUUUAUACAUAGUUGAUUGUUUUCUUUA